AUGCCACCACAUCCGAACCCCGCAUAUUCCCCGCCCGGCACCCUUGGACGGCAACCCACUACCUUUAUUCCGGACCAAUCACGCGUCCAGGCCGAUAACGCUAGUGGUGAUAUUGGCUCCAUCCCGGCCCGUGCCGCCCGCGGAACAGACAUCGCCGCCCCUGCCAUGUAUCUGUGGGGCCAGCCUAUUGCCACCCAACUAUAUUGA